AUGUGCCAUUGCAGCUUACAUUCUCUGAGUGCAUGGGGUUCGCCACCAACACACAACCGGUCUGCCUUCUUUCUUGUUGCCACACAGAAAGAAGGGUGUGGUGCAUGCGCAGGCCUUGCGAUACGACCGCUGGUGCCGCUUUCUUUGAUCCUGCCAGGCGAGUGGCCUACAGUGCAUGCUCUGACCUCUGGGGGCAUAUUCUCUGGACUUCUGGGUACAGUUUCCAUGCUGCUGACAGGAGCCAGCAUUGGAGCACUGUUCGGAGAAGUAGCAGGGCAUUUCUUGGUGAAGAUGACAGCUGCGUUCUUCACGACGGAUGCUCUUCUGCAGCUUGCCAAGAUUCUCUUGCCUUCUUACGUGGCAUACCCUGUCAGUUCGACAGGUGUCUUCACACUGUUCGUGCAAUUGCCUUACGCAACUUACUUGCUGUCACAAAGCGCGGUCAAGGAAGUUGAGCAGCUUUUCGGCGGGCCCCGCUUGACCAUGCUGGCAGGGGCAGCAUGCCUUCGACACAUGUCGACACAGGUUGUUAGUGAUCCCUCGUCGGGGCCUGCCUUGGGUUUGAGAGUUCUGGCAUGCCUGGUUCUUGCCUUUGGCCUGACCCCACGCAGCUUCUGGAAGAUGAUGGCAAAGGUGUUGCGGGAGGCAGCCAAGUUGGCAUCUGCUGUGGCCUCCUCAGUCUAUGCAGUGGUCACCUGGGUCUGGCCCAGAAUCUUGCUUGCCUUGCAGAGAAUCCUGCAGCUGCCUCCUCUGGUGUGGCUGUACGAGGCCAUCGUUUAUCCUUCGUGGCAGAUCCUCAGCCCUCUGUUCCUGCCUCUCGCGACGGCCGGCAUUGCCUUUGCCAGCUUCCGCAGUUUGGCAGCUCUGACUCCAGAGCCUGCAGCCGCGGAUAUCAUCCGGAUGCUGGGGCAAGCCUUCUGUGGCUGCUCAGCGGCGCUCUCCAGCCUCUGCCUUCUUGUGAACUUUACAUGCAGACUGUGGCCAAGGCAUGAGCAGCCAGAUCCGCUUCGUCGGUCUUGGUUUCUCAAAGCGUUCAUGUAUCCAGCCAGCCUUGUCGCUGUUCCUGUUCGAGCAGUUCGUCUCGUAUGGCAUCUGCUCAUGUACAGAGUCUUGCAGCCAAUCUUGGCUACUUUCGCGAACUGUGUUGGCCACCUCUUGAAGUUUGCAGUCAAGUGCCCGAUUCUUUCGAUACCGGCUGUGAUUGGGUUCAACGUGGUCCUCAUCAGGUCAACCUCGACAUCUGGGGCAAUUCUGCAUGUGCUGGCUCAAAGCUCCCCGGUGGCCUCCGGCCUCUUGCACAGCUUCCAGACGCUGCAGGCCGCGGUGGUGGAAGGAGCCACCGACUCCACCCUUGCCCUCGUGCUGAUUGGCCUUGUGCAGGCGGCGUCCUUUGCUAUCAUUGAUGGCGUUCUCUCAGUGCUGCGAGUGGUGCGCAGUCCAAGAACUGGUGUCGUACUCAGCUUGGAGGAGCUUAACGAAGUUGCAGCAGCAAUGGACGAUCCUCGACAGUGUGGCCGAUGUGGCUUUGGCCCCGUGGACCAUCGAGGCUGUUCAAAUUUGUCGGCCCAUCAUGGAGAAGUAUCCAUACCUGGAGGGGCAGCAAUCUCCAACCAAUGCCCACGGUGUGGCUGGUUCGUUAGCACGCUCUCUGCCUGGCCAGAGUGGGACGGCGAGCUGCAAACCGAGCAUGGCCGAGCUUUGUACCGCCAGAGGGCAUGGUGUGAGAUCGUGGUUUGCGUGCGGGCCACAUCGAAAGCCUUGGUUGUGCCCUAUGCAGUUCUGCUGCUUGGAAACUGGAUGGGUUCCGCAACUUUUGCGGCUUUGAUGGUUCUGUCUUACCUUGUCCCCUGGGCGUAUGAGAAUGCGAGCCUUUGCGAGUCAUUGACGGCGCCACAAGUCUAUGCCCGGCAAGCCGGGCGCCGGCGCGCCCAGAGGCAAGACCACAGCCCUGGCACUGCUGAAUGUGGAGCUGCGAGAUACACUCCACAGCUGCCAGACAUCACUGAAGAAGAGGCGCUUCGCAACAUUCUUUCGGCAAUCCCGGUGAACAUCUUUCUGAAGCAGGGAGAAGUGUGCAGCGUUUGCCUGGAAACCUUCCCUGCGGACGCCGCGGACGCUGUGGCGAACAGCGACGCGACCGAGGCAGCGUGCAGAGCCUUGCGAGCCUUGCAGCCGCCAAUUCUGGCUCUACGCUGCGGGCAUCCACUGCACGUGGAUUGCGCCACAGCCGCCGUCGCGGCUUCUGCAGCGCGCCACGUGCGUUGCCCGCUCUGCCGGGAGCCAGUCACCCUGGCAGGGGAAGCCUCGGCAGCCUUCUUCAGCUGA